AUGUCCAAACAGUGUAUUAAUAUUCAUUGCAAAUCAAAAAAUGAUAGCAAGCUCUUUCCUGUCCAACAAUCCAUAUGCAGUUAUUAUAAUGUUCGGUACAAACCGUAUUAUCGAGUGUGUAAGGAAUGCAUGACAAAAAACAUAGCGUAUUCAGACGCUAGAAGUAAAAAAAUGAAAAGUAUAAAAUGUGUUAAUGAAGUAAACAAUCAUUCCAAUAUAAUUCAAUUAUCUGACUCUGAUGAUUCUAAUACCGUCAACUAUGGUGCUGGACCAUCAACAGUAAAUUUAAAUCCACGAAUGACUAAAUUGUCUGUAUUGAUAAAUACAAGCUGUAACAACUGUGAUAAAUCUUUAUUGAAAACAGAAAAUGAGGAAAGUGAUAUACAUUUAAUUCCUGAAAGUUCCAAACUAAUUGCUGGAAGAAACAAAAUAAACAAUUUAAUGAAAGAGUUAGAUAAUGAUUUAUCAACAUUUUAUGAUUAUGAUUUAUCAAAAUUAUAUAAUAAGUUUUACAAUUUCGAUAAUCAACAAAAGUUUAUAUUUGAUGAAAAAGAAAGUAUUGAAGAUUAUUUUGAACUAGAAAAAAUUGAAGACAAUGACGAAGCGAAUAUAUCAACUAAACUGUAUCCUGGUCCAGAAGUUUUACCAGAAGAAGGUAUACUGAAAAGACGCUUAUUAAAAUCGAGUGACAAAGUGUUUGGCAUGAAUUAUUCACUAAUGCACCCGUGGAUUGAAGCAACUAUUAAAUCAGCAGUUAGUGAUUCAUGUUUUAAUAUUAUAUUUGGUGACGGAGAAGAAACAACUUUGAAUAUUACAAAUUUAGCAUACAUAAAUACUAAAAGCAAUGCACAGUAUCCAGUAGGUUGUAGAGUGAUUGCCAAAUUACAAGAUAAUAACAUUAAAUCUACGAAUGGAUUCUUCGUGGGAAUAAUAGCAGAACCACCAAAAUAUCUUAACAAUUUCAGGUAUUUAAUAUUCUUUGAUAAUGGAUAUACACAGUAUGUACACCAUCAGGAUAUACGCCUAGUAUGUGGCGAAUCAACAAAUGUGAGUGACGAUGUACAUGAAAAUGUCAGGGAAUUUGUCAAAGUUUAUUUAUCAUUUUAUCCAGAACGCUCAAUGUUAAGGUUUAAUAAAAAACAAGUAGUUCGUGCAGUACUAGACAAAAAAUGGUAUUUAGCCGAAGUAUCAAAAUUAGAUGCUUCAUUAGUUCAACUAAAAUUUCUUGAUAUUAAGAAUAAGCAAAUUAAAGAAUGGAUUUAUCGGGGCUCAGAUAGGUUAGGCCCAAUAUACGUACAAGCAAAUAAUAGUAAUACAAAUAAACGUGUACGUGGUACAAUGUCGGUUAAUAUUGAUAAGAUAUUAAAUCGACCAUAUAUUGAACUAGAAAACUUGAAUGAAAAUAAAAAUAAUAUUAAUAUUGCAAAUAGUGACAACACACCUAACAAUAAUAGAAGAGUCUCAGCUCGCCUAAAACAGAAAGCUGGAAAAGAAAAUUGUGUUAUUAAAAUAAUAGAAAUCCCAAGAAACUGUCCAAAACCAUUUCCUUAUGAAAACCACCAGUGUUCUGAUUCAUGUAUGUUACGGGUUCAGUAUAACUACAGUCAAACAAAAAAUAUGAAUGUUUUAAGCAUUCCGUUACAUUUUGGAUUCAAGAGAAUUAUAACAAAAAGUAAAUACCCAAAAUCAAGAAAAGUCAUAUAUACCACACCUUGCGGAUAUAAAAUUUAUAACGAAUACGAAAUGUAUGAUUACUUGAAAAAGACCGGUUAUCAUAAUAAUCAAAUGACUAUUGAUUUAUUUAAUUUUGAUUAUUUAGUGAAUCCACUGUCUUUUUUAAGUGUACCCAAUGAGUUUAUUCGCAUACAUGAUAUAUCUUGCAAAUUGGAAUUUAAAACAAUUAGUGUUGCAAACAAUUUGAAUGAUUUGGUACCAGAGAAUGUAAAGUACAUAAUAAAACGCAAAACUACUCCUGGUGUUAAUUUGAAUUUAAAUUUAAAAUUGUUAUGUGGUUGUGAUUGUACUGAUAAUUGUGAAGACAAAACAAAAUGUUUCUGUUGGCAACUCACUUACAAAGGUCCAAAAAAUUAUCCAAAAAUGUCUGAAGACCCUAUUGUUGGCUAUAAUUACAGACGACUGUACGCCCCAGUGCACACUGGUAUUUUUGAAUGCAAUGAUAAUUGUAAAUGUAUGAAAACUUGUUUAAAUCGUGUGGUUCAAGAACCAUUGAAGAAUUCACUCCAAAUGUUUUUAACACAAAAUAAAGGUUGGGGAGUGAGAACACUGGCAGAUAUUCCCAAAGGUGGUUUUGUUAGUAUAUUUGUUGGAGAGUUACGCACAGAGAAAAUUGCUGAAAGCAUUUGUGCAGUAAAUGGCGACGAAUAUCUGGCAGAUUUAGAUUUUCUUAAGACAGUUGAGGAGAUCAAGGAUGGAUAUGAAAGUUGUGUUCCAGAAGAGAAUGAAAAUAGUACUAGUUCAUCUGAUGAUGACCGUAAUCCUGGUUUGACUAUCAAGAAUAAGAAAACUAUGUCUAAAUCUAAAAUGUCAUUAAAGAAAAAUUUACCAAGUACAAAAGCUAAUGACAAACAUCAACUGUGUAAUACAAAUACCCAACACAAAUUUGAUAGUAAACACAUAUCUGUGCUCAAGUACCUUGACGAAGACUGUGGUGUCUACUCAUUAGAUGCUAAGGCCAGGGGCAACAUAGGUCGCUAUUUCAAUCAUUCCUGUGAUCCUAAUAUGUUUGUUCAGAAUGUUUUUGUUGAUACACAUGACCUUAGAUUUCCAUGGGUAGCAUACUUUGCAUUAUCACAUAUUCCAGCUGGAGAUGAACUAACAUGGAAUUAUAACUAUGCUAUAGGGAGCGUGAAAAACAAAAAGUUAAAAUGCUACUGUGGGUCAAAAAAUUGUAAAGGCAGACUAUUAUAAUUUUUAUUCUGCGGUAUAAUCAAUAAUGUAGCAUUAAAAGACCAGAAUUUACUUAGGUUAUAGUGUUCUGCAGUGGCACCGAGUCAUAUAAAUUUAAAUGAAGCAAAAUCAAUAUAUUUACACACUCACCCAUCCACCACUGAGAAAAUUG